AUGCUCAACACCGCUCGGGCGUCGCCGAAUGCGGCUGCAGGUCCUCCGCUGCCGCCAAGAGACCCUGCGCCCAGCCGACUGACGGAGAUCUACGAUGACUAUCUUGACGCGUAUACUGAAGAGGCGCCGCCGUUGCCGACCAAUGGCCCGGAUCGCGUAGCUAACUGGGCUAGGAACAAUUCGAAUGGUCCGCCGCCUGUUCAACGCAUGGGUUCCCGUAGUGCUCCGGGCAGCAGCUACGCCCCCAGCUCAUAUGGGGGUGGUUCCGUGCGGAGGCGGGUUACCAGACGGAAUACGGCGCGCAGGAUACAGAGUGCUUACGAGGAGGAAGAGGAGGGCUAUGUCAGCGGGGAUGACUUUGACGGGCCAUUCGAACUCAUUAAGAUUCGUGUCAAGUUGCACUACGACGGUGACGUCCGAGGAAUGGCACUCACACCCGAAACACCUUUCGAGGAAUUCAUGGAGAAAGUGACGCUCAAGUUCUCUAAGAACAUCAAUGGUCUACAGCUCAAAUUCAAGGACGAAGAUGGCGGGAAGGUGUCUCUCCGGGAUGAAUCCGACUACGAGCUUGCCAUCGAAACCGCUCGAGAAAGCUCGAAGGGUAAACCCGAGGGCAAAUUGGAAAUCUGGUGUCAGGAUGCUUAAUGGCCAUCGUGCCAGUCGUUUUCUAUUUUCCUUUUGCUGUACUUUACAUUAUCGUAUCUCCUUCCCAUUUACUAUGCUUUACUCACGGGCCGGCUGCUUUGCGAUUACAGUGGCACAUUGUACGUUGCUGUACAUAUAGAAAUGCAGAAAACGUGACAGGAUUCAUGACCGCUGCUGGACUCCAAACGAAUGGCUGUUAUCUGCAUACGGGUAGAUUGGCCUGCUGUCCAUUGCAUGUGUCUCCACUGGCGCAUAAUUGAAGCCCUGCGAACGGAAGGUCUCCUCGCGCAAGAGCCCUUCACGAUGCAACUUCUUCUUGUACUCGGAAAUGAUGUACACGCCAUCUGGAGGACAGGUCAAUCCGUGGCCACCACGCAACGAAUGACGACGCACAAGCCUGAAUUAGAAGCGAAACGACCGUCGAGACGACCAGGAUGCCGACAGAGGUCCUGGACGUCGAAUUACAUGCGUCAAUGACCCUCUGGUCUGUCGACGCAGCGGUGCACAACUUGGUGAACUCCGAUCGGUUCACGAAAUGAAGAACGAAGAACGCGACGACUGCGACGACCUGGAACCCAAAGAAGAGCAUCAUGAGGCCCGAGAACACGGCGAUAUUUUGCGGCAAGAACACUGCGCGAGGGAGAUUACCCUGUGAGUGCGAUGAGAGCAACGAUGCCAUAAAACACGUCCAACGCUAUCACGGCGAUCUUCGUCUUCG